AGACCAAGUAGCAUCUGAAUAAGAAUGUCUUUUAUGAGAGAGAGAGAAAGAGAGUGACUUACCGCAGUCUCUAGAGAGCUGUCCUUGAAGCCAGGAAGAUCUGGGUUCAGUUUUCACUUCUGAGAUACACGGACACUCUGGUGCCCUCCUUCUUCCAGGUUCCUUCUCAUGGCUUCAGAGACAGGAGACGCGUAUCAUUCAAAGACACACACGGAGAAGUUACCCAGGCUAUCCGUCAGUAUCCCUGAACUCACAUGGCAAUCUCAGGAAGAUGCGGAAAAGAGCAAAGCUCAACACAAAGUCACUGACUACAGCCACAGAAUCCCUUCUUGCCACCAGAUGUGGUACCUGGGGAAAUUGAGCCUGCUUCCCUACCUAAACCCUGGGUAUGCAGCCUGAGAGAGGGAAAAACACCCCAAUUUCCUCCCUAGCCUGACUGUCCUGGCAGGAAGCUUGAUGUAGGGGAGAGACACACAUUGGCAAUCACAAGAUACGGGUCCUGCUUCUGUCCCUUACUAGCUGUGUGACCUUAGGUGGUGUUAGCAACAUUCCCUCGGUCCCCUUUCAUAUGGAGAAAGUCAACCCCCAGGAAUCCCAAGAACUCCAGCUAUGUAAUGAGAUACCCAGAUAUCUGCUUGGCACCUGAACUGAAGAUUCCACGCAAGGACUGGGAGUCCUGUAAUAUUCGAAAGCAGAGAGUAAGAUUCUCAACAGAAAAGCCCCUGACGUCUGUGGACCGCCUUAUAGAUCCCAUGAAGUGGCGGAGGCUAAAGGACCUCACCCACAGCCUGAGUUCUCCUGUGGAGGCUGAACAGGUCUAUGCAGCUCAGGCCUUGGGUAAACUGAGAGUCAGCAAGAAGUUUAUCAUAGAAGCCCUCUGGGUCUCGGCCCAGGUAGGUCCUGAGAGGGUGAGGUAUGAAUCCAGCAGAACCCUCGCUCUUCUAGGCUGCCUACAUAAACACGUGGUCCUGUCUCUCAUCGAACAACUAAAGGGAUGCAACCUUAGUCGGAGGAUGGACACGCUGUUGGGACUUCACAUGGCCCUCAGUGGCUGGAUCACGAUUGCCAAAAACAAACGGGAGCCUAUUGGGGCCAAGAGCUUACUGACCAAGGUCCUGAAGUUGCUGGUGAAGGGGAAGAGCCCUGAAGACAAUGUGGCCCUGGAAGCAGCUCUGUGCCUGAGCUUCCUCGACUCUGAAAAUCCCAUAGCCCGUGAGUUUCUGCUCCAGUGCCUGACCCAAGGAGAAAUGAAGAGAAAGAUGAAGGCAUUGAUAGUACUAGUGAAGCUAAUGGAUGUACACACCCUGCCUGUCCUCAAGGCUGUCAUGGAGCAAAUACUGAAGUCCUGUGUGGCCAAGCACCGGAUAGAAGCCAUCAGACUGCUCAAGAUUAUUGGGCUAAAGAAGAUCCAGAAUUUGGGUAUGGAGAAUGACAUUUUUGAGCUACUCAGGUUGAAGGUUCAUGAUGAUCCUUUACAAGAAGUGAGAGAAGCUGUGGCAGAAAUGGUGGAGUUGCUGAAAAUGAAGCCUAUGAUGCUGAACAUCGUGGAGUCGCAGCUUAAUGAUGCCAGUGCCUUGGUACGUCACGAGGCUGUCAUAUCCAUUAGUGUUUUGGGCAUCAGCAGCUCACGCAUGUUCUAUUUCCUCAUGGACAUGCUGGACCUGGAAACAAGUCUAAUGGUGAGGAAACAGCUGGAAAAAAUAUUCAUUACCCUUUUCAAGAAAGAUCCUUGGGUCCGGGCAAAGCUUCGGGACUGGAAGCUCCUGGUGGAGGAAGAGUCCAGGCAGGAAAGGGAAAGAAUCCAGGCUUUGAAGCUUCAAAAGAUGAAGAGGGACCUUGAGAGCCAAAGGAAAUCUCUGCUCGGUGGCCUGGGCCCCUUAGUCCCUCGAAAGAGGGUUAGGCCUAGGAAGGUCAUGGCAGAAAAAGGAAGGUCCAUCUUUAAUGUUCCUAUCAAAGGCAUCGCUUUAGCCUCCCACUACCCACCCUGUUUCAAAUUCCUUGAUAAAAAGGAUCAUUCCUUUCCCCAGGGAUCCAAGGUAUCCUGGGAUUCCCCAGUCAUCAGGGAGCACCUCAAGAACCUUGCUUCCCAAUGAAUUAAGUCAAAUCUGUCCUAACAAGUCCCCUUCCACACUAACUUUACUCUUCUCCCCACUGUCUCCAUUUUCUCUCCUCUGGAUAUGCCACCUCCAUUUCCUCUGUGGCAGCAGAUUUCUGAGCUUCUGUCUCAUGAAUUAGCUAAUAAAUAAUGAAGGC